AUGACUACUCACGUCGAAUGUGGAUUGUUCAAAGUCUCCUUCAAAACUACACACCAGGUCUCUCAAAAUCACUGUCCUAAAUCCCUGGACACCCUUCACCACAAAACACCCCAUCCAAACACCCAACUUCUUCAAUUAUGCACUAUAACGGCCACUCCACCGCUCUGUCACAAAAUGCGACCUAUUCGCGCGGGCGCCAUUACCGGAACUCACAAGAUCAGGAUAAAGAAAAUGAUUAGAAGACCCACAAUCAACCUUUUAGUUGUCAUUGGUGUCAUCCUAGUAUCGUGUCAUGCUGCUGAGGAAGAUCUUGAUUAUCACAGCGCGCUUGGAGCAAAGAUUCCUAAUUCUGUACUCGAAAGGAUUCGUAAACUUGAUGAAAAUAAUAUCCUUGUCGCAGCACGAAAUUACCAUGACAAUGACAUCGUCAUGCAAAUAACUGACGUAGUCUCUCCAGAAAUCACAAUGUCAAUGUGCUACCGCUGUCUCCACUAUAAUUAUCUGGCUUUUGAAGACAACACUCUUGUUGUGGGUUAUAUAAAAAAUUACUUCAAGCCAUAUGAUCUGUCUGAGCAUUUAAAUUUCCAUGAGUCACUUGUAAUCAAAGUUAAUAGUGCAUCCGUCACUCUUCCUGUUGGAACAAAAUUCAAGGUGGUGUUCCGAGGAAUGUUUCCAAAAUCUACCUAUGGAUUUCUUUUAAUUGAUAAUAUAACAAUCACUGACGGAAUAUGUGAAAAGUGCGGUCCUAAUGAAUUCAAAUGUAGUAAUAUAAGUGAUGAGUGUAUUCCAUUUGACAAAGUGUGUGAUCUUGAACCCGACUGUAUAGGAGGAGAGGAUGAAAAAAGAUGCAACUGGAGUGUCAUUAAAUCAUCAUGCAUGAAAAACGAAAGCUCAAUGUUUCCAAAUGAAACUCUACCACUACUAGAGAACGGUCUACAAAGAAAAGAGGAUUCAUGGAGGCAAUUUAUUCCUCUUUUAAAUCAGUGUGAAAGAGAGGACCAAUGUCUAUCGAAUUCUUCUGACACCUGUUUCUUAUAUUGUCCUAGUGACUGUACCUGUAAUGAUCUGUCUGUCAACUGCUCUUCUGACAAUGUACCAUCUUAUGCUACUUCUAUAACGUGGCAUGGUCUUGUUCAAGAGAAUUUGGAAAUAAGCAAGGAAAGGUUCCCCAAUGUUAUGGCGCUUAACAUUUUAAAUUGUACCUUUCGAUCUCUGAAAAUUGGCAAAUACCUGAAUAUUGAGAGUAUUUCAAUCAAAUACAGCAAAAUUGACUACCUUUCCAUGUCUUAUUUUAGUACAGAUAUGUUACAAUACGUACAUAUAUUUGAGAGCUCAUUUCAAAGGCUUACCUUUCAUCGAACAAAGGGUUAUGAUAUUGAUGAAUGGUAUGUUUAUAAAAGCUCUCUAGUUGAUAAAAAUACCAAUCUCGAAGGACUCUAUGGGACUAACUUUAGAUUAUCGGAGUCUGAAAGCUUCUACGGGUUUUUGCAAGAACUGCGUUAUUUGGUUGCUAACUUCAGUUUUUGUAAUCUGACUGAACUACAACCUAGUUCUGUCUACGAUGCCAUAACACUUGAUUUAAGUUACAACUUCUUAAUGACAUGGAAACUGAUAUCAUACACACAAAUGCUCCAUUUACAGCAUAAUUUAAUAACAUCGUUAAACUACACUCUUGACAAAACACAGUCAGAGGCCCGUUUACAGUAUUUGGAUCUUUCUUACAAUAAGAUUUUUAGCAUUAAUAAUGAAGAUUUGGAGGAAUUACCAAAUCUCUUGUAUCUUAUUCUUCAUGAAAAUCGAUUAACACAUAUCCAAGAAAAAGCUUUUGAUAAAUUAACUAAACUAAUUCAUUUGGAUUUGUCAAAUAAUAAUCUACGAAACCUAAACCGCGGUCAUUUUCUAUAUCUCUCAAGAUUACAAUACCUCAACAUUCAGAAUAAUGAUGUUAAAGUAAUUGAAGGAAUGUUUGACAGUCUCAUGAAUAUUCUUUAUCUUCAAGUUGAUUCAUAUACUCUCUGUUGUGCACAACCAAAAGCUGUCAGCAAGAUUCAGUGUUUAGCUCCCGUGAACGAAAUAUCCUCCUGCUACAAUUUGAUAGAUUUACAUAUUCUUAGGAUAAUCAUUUGGUAUAUUGCUCUUCUUGCUCUAUUUGGGAAUAUGUCUGGUAUAUUUUACAGACUUUAUCAAGUAAAGAAAAAAUCAAUCACAACGUUUGACGUUUAUUCUUUAAAUCUGGGUCUGGCAGACUUCUUUAUGGGUGUUUAUCUUUACAUCAUAGCCGGGGCUAACAUAGCGUUCAGUGGUCGUUAUGGUUUCGAAGAUUUCUCUUGGAGGCAUAGUCCUUAUUGUAUCUUUGCUGGUGUCUUGGCUACUUUUUCUAGCGAGGCAUCUGCUCUAUUCGUUCUAAUGAUUACGAUUGAUAGAAUACUUGUCGUGCGAUUUCCAUUUUCAAUGCUCAAGAAAAGGGUCUGGAUAUCAAAACUCAAUUCCAGCUUGGUAUGGACCUUUGCUCUUUUUCUGUCUAUAAUACCUCUAUCUGGAAGUGAAUAUUUUGAUGACUACUAUUCCAGUUCUGGGGUGUGUAUUUAUUUGCCUUUGUCUGUUCUACGUAAGCCUGGAUGGGAAUAUUCCAUGAUCAUAUUUGUUGGAGCAAACUUUGUUAUCUUUAUUGCAAUACUCUUUGGGCAAUUCGUAAUAUUUACGGAUGUUGUUCGAAUGGGAAAGAAAACGGCCUUGCAUUCAUGCAGUCAACAAAGAAGGCGAGAAAUUGGCUUAGCAAAGACUUUGAUUACAGUUGCAAUUACAGAUAUGUUUUGUUGGAUUCCUAUUGGAUCUAUAGGGCUUCUGACGUUCAUGGGUAUUGAUGUAACUGUUCAAGUUUAUGCAUGGAUUAUUGUUGCUGUACUUCCAAUAAACUCGGCCCUAAAUCCACUCAUUUACACAUUUUCUGCAAUCAUGAGACAUGGAAGCCACAGACCGUCCCUGACAGAUGAAGAAGAUUUGUCGAUUCCCUCCGCAGAAACAUGGAGUCAAGAAAACAAAGAACAGAUAAAACCUAGUGUAAACACUAUUUCAAAUGAAUAA